AUGCAACCUUCGUUCGUGUCCGAUAUCGACGAUAGCGACGACGGCUCUUACCUCGACGACGACGAAUAUCAGCUAGCACAAGCCCAGGAGGAAUGGGAAGAAAGUCUUCGUCAGCUCCAACAACUUCUCUCUUUGGUACUCCUUCCCCUGGUCGGUAAAUGGCUUGGAAGGCGAUGGAGCUAUUGGGCUUAUGCCCGUUACACUCGUUUGGGCUUGGGCAAAGCCUUUCUUUCCAAAAAAGAUUGA